GCCAGACCCCCUUGACUUGGAGUCCUAUCUGAUCGCGUUGCAAUUUUUUCAGCUGGAAGCUCACCCAUUGAUCAUCUCUUCAUUUGCUACUUCUCUCCUGGAACAGAGGGAAAGAAGAAUCAUAUAUCUUGAUCAGAGAAAGCAAGAUCCUUUAUUGACGGUUGAGUUUCACCUUGAAAAUUCGUUGUUAUUUUUACUGAUCAGCAUAAUCUUCUAUCCAGCGAUGGAGGAUGGGCAAUCAGAUCUUUUAAGCUUAAAGGUCCUGGUGGAAAAGGAGAGAAAAAGAGUUGUUUUUCUGGAGGCGGAUAAAUACUUUCUUGAUGUUCUCAGUAGCUUCAUGACAAUGCCCUUGGCGAUGAUUAUCAAACUGACCCGUGGACAUUCACUGAAGGGGGAGAUCGGUUGCCUCAGCAGUUUAUAUGAAAGUGUGGAAAAUCUUGGUGAGGAUCAUCUACAAAGCACAGACCACAAGGACAUGCUACUGCAUCCUCGAAGUGCUGCUGAAAUCUAUCAUAGUGACUUGUUGAAAGACAAAUCGAUUGAGAGAACUGAUGCUGAUUAUUAUGUAUGUAGCGAAGGAGGCUGCUCGUUUCUGAGUUAUUAUCGAUCUACUCAUUGCCGUUGUGGAAGUGCUAUAACUCUUCGCUUGGAUUUCUCAGAUUCUGCGUCUAUUCCUCAAGAAAGAGGAGGUUUUGUAAAACCAACUGUGCACUUUAUGAUUAGUGACGACUUUCAAGUAAUGCCGAUGUCCACUAAGGCUGGAUUAGCUCUGCUCGAACAAGUCAGCAGGUUAGAUGGGAGCAGAAUAGAAGAGAGGAACAUAAACAUUGGAAGGAAUGAGGUUCUGAAGCUGUUGAAGCAUUCGCUGGUAUCAAGGACUCCUUUUACUGACACCUUGUUGGAGGCACCAAUGAGUAAAGGUAUCUUCAGUGUCUGCCAUGGAAAAUAUGGUCCAAGAAGGAAAAGUGACAUUCCAGAGACUAUAGCUAAAAAAGAGAGGAUUAUUUUAAAGCUUAUUGUAUGCAAAUCCAAGAAUAAGGCAAUUUAUGCAGAGGCAAAGGAAGAUUUCGUUAAUCUGCUUUGCAGUUUCCUCACAUUUCCUCUUGGUUAUGUCUUCAGCGAAUUUCCAUCUUUGUCAUUCAAGGGGUGCAUCAACAACUUUUACCAGACUAUCAAAGAGUUUGAUAGCAACCAAUUCAUGUCUGAGGAGAUGAAGGAAGCUAUAGUCUAUCCAAAGUUGGCUCCAGGUCUUCCUGUUCCUACCAAGUUGAUUGCUAUUAUGGAAGCAGUAGAUCCGUCAUAUUCCACCUUUCAGUCCCUUUUCAACGUCAGAAACAGCAAACUGGGGCCAAAAUCCAAUUUUUUUGGGAAAGCUGAGGGAUUCAUAAAAGGGCCAUCCAUGUUCAUGGUGACAGACAAUCUGACUGUAACACCUUUAUCUGCAAUAUCAGGCUUAUCUCUUCUCAAUAAGCUCAGAAUACCCCUCAUUGAUAUUGAAGAGCAGCAAGUGGACGUUGGUGAAGAUGAGGCUUUGCGCCUCCUUGUGGCUACUUUGGUGUCCAAAUAUACCCUAACGGACGCUUUCCUGCACAAGGAAGAAAAACAAGAGUCAUAAGGUGAGUAGAUAUGUAUGAACAUCUGAAUACAUGAAAAGUAACCAUGUGAAUUCUAAAGAUCAAGUAUGCAAGUCAUCUUCUCAUUUUCAUCUAAAUCCACUAUUGUGAUAUACGUCUUUUUGGUUCUCUUCCUAGCUAGUCUGUGGUCUAUGAUGAUGAGGAUGUACCAGUGAACAAGUGUUCACUGAUGUUAUGUACUAGAUUGAGAAAAUAAUGAAGUUCUAAGUUGGUAUCUAUUAGAUUGACAAAAGAAACUUUAUGUUGAUGACAUUUAAAAGAAGAUUCAAGCACCAAUGUACACAAGUUGGGAAAUACUAGCCAGCAGGUCCCUUUCUCUCAUAUUGAGAGUCAUCAUUAGGAUCUGUCAGACUUUUCUUGA